AUGUGGAUCUACCCCAGAGUUUUAAGAGUUCCCUGGACGGCAAGAAAACCAGAAAUUAGUAACCGGGCUUGCGCCGAAGAAGACAGAUAUAAAUCAUCAAGGAGCCACGAGACCAGCAGCGCUUUUUGGAUCCGCAAGAAUAAUGAAUUCGAUAAAUCCGCCAAACUGGAUAUUCUCUUAGGCGCGGGUGUCUUUUGGGAUAUUUUAGCGGAUGGGCAAUUUAAGCUCGGCGACGGUAAACCGAUACUUCAGAAAACAUUAUUUGGAUGGGUCAUAUCGGGACCCAUAUAUCAAAAUUGUUCAAUUCAAAAUAACAGUAGCAAUACCAUAUCAUGUAAUUUAAUCACAACUACGCUUGAAAACGCAAUUGAGAAAUUUUGGAAAAUCGAGGAAUACCAAGACGAUAACAAAACCAAACGGACGAUCGAAGAAAAACAAUGCGAAGAACAUUUCCUAAAAACAAUUCAGCGGACCGAAACUGGCAGAUUUCGUGCAACGUUGCCAGUUCGCGAAGGUGUAGGCGAUUUGGGGAAUUCGAAGAUGAAUGCGAUUAAAAGGUUUCACAAAUUAGAAAGUAAACUGAUCAAUGACACAGUCAUGCGUCAACAAUAUUCGGAGUUCAUGAGGGAAUAUGAAAAACUCGGGCACAUGACCAAGGUGCCGACAUGGGCAACGGAAAUGGAUGGAAAGGGAGUUUUUUACCUACCACAUCAUGGUGUCGUGAAGGAUAGUGCAACCACUAAACUACGAGUGGUGUUCGAUGCAUCCGCCAAAACAGGAAACGGUAUUUCGUUGAAUGAUACGCUCAUGGUGGAUCCUACAAUACAGGAAGAUCUUUUUGCUAUCAUCAUUCGUUUUAGACAACACAAUGUAGCAAUGGUAGCGGACAUAAAGAAGAUGUACCGGCAGGUGGAAAUUGUAGAAGAGCAACGUGAUUUACAGCGAAUUAUGUGGCGUUCGGAUCCAAACCUGCCUCUAGAAGUCUACACAUUAAACACCGUAACAUACGGCACAGCUCCAGCUUCAUUCAUUGCUAUACGAUGCUUGCACCAACUCGCUUUAGAAAACAGUAAAAAGUACCCAGUAGCAUCACAAGUAAUAACUCGCGAUUUUUAUGUUGAUGACCUCAUCACUGGUACAGACACCAUUGAAAAUGCACAAAUUUUGAGGCAAAACAUCACCAACAUUUUAGAAAGUGGAUCCUUUCCUCUUCGGAAGUGGAAAACUAACAAACCAAACAUUUUCAACGAUAUUAACAACAUUUCAGAUCUACCAGAUCAUUAUCUAUCAACCGAUGACCAAUCAAAAACUUUAGGGCUUGUCUGGAACUCUCAAUCAGACACGCUACAUUUCAGCACAGAUUCAAUACAAAUUGAAAAUAACAAUUUCACAAAACGCGACAUACUCUCCGUAAUUGCUCAGUUAUUCGAUCCAUUGGGCUUGGUCGGUCCAGUAAUUGUUAAAGCCAAAGUUAUCAUGCAAAAACUUUGGCAGCACAAAGUAGAUUGGGAUCAAAUUGCUCCUUCACCAAUAAUCUCAGAGUUUAUUCAUUUACAAAAGGAAUUACCUAUUUUGGCUACAAUUAAAAUUCCUAGACAAAUAACAGUUCCCAAAGCCAAUGUUAUUGAAAUUCACACUUUCAGCGAUGCAUCUACUAUCGCGUAUGGUGCGUGUUCAUACCUACGAACUGUAGAUAACUCCGGACAAUGCUCUGUACGUUUAAUUUGUGCUAAAUCAAGAGUAGCACCUUUAAAGGUUGUCACGUUGCCACGCUUGGAGCUAAACGCAGCUUUAUUAGCAACGAAUCUGACAGCUAAGCUCAUGGAGGCUUUUACUUGUCAUAUAUCUAACAUUUUUUAUUAUACUGAUUCAAUCAUCGUUUUAUCGUGGUUAAAUACGGAACCCGCACUUUUAAAAACAUUUGUAGCAAACCGCGUAGCGGACAUACAAGGAAAAUCCAAAAUCGAAAAUUGGCAACAUGUAAAAUCCGAACAUAACGCGGCUGACAUCAUCUCGAGGGGAUCACUACCCAGUCAGCUGCUCGAAUGCGACAUGUGGUGGAACGGGCCAUUCUUUCUAAGCAAUCCUAAUCAACCGGUCACGAAUAAUAAUUUUUUACCACUCAAUGAAUUACCAGAGGUAAAAAAUUCCACGUUAACACAAAAUGUAAUUAUAGCUGAUAGUAAAAUAUUCGAGAGAUAUUCUAAUUUCGACAAAUUAAACAGAGUCAUAGCGUGGAUUUUACGAUUUAAAGGUAACACAUUACGUGCAAAACAUGAUAGAAUAUACGGUACAAAACUCACAGUGCACGAAUUAAAACUGGCAAAGAAAGCAUUAUAA